AUGAUUGAGUUAGAACUUGGUUAUAUAAUUGUAUACGAAUACAUCAAACAGAAAUAAGAAAUUUAAUGUAAACAUUCUAUCCUGCCUCUUGAGAUCACCUUUAGAACCCACUUUUGUUUAGAAUUGUUAUCAAAAUCUUCAUUAAAUUCAAUUUAGUACAAUAAAGAUGAGCUAAUAUUCUAUCUAUUAUUGUUGUAGGAGUAAUUUAUUUUUUAGUUGUAAUUGUUGCAUACAUUGAUUACUAAGGGAAAAUAGUAUUUGUAAAAUGUCUUUUUAAAUAUUGUUAAAUUGUAUUCCAUAAUAUCAUAUUCUUGCCAUCAUCGAAUAUAUUUAUUAAUUUUGCACUUUCAUAAAGCAAUCUAGCCUUAUCACUAAUCGGACAAUAUUACUAGAAUUACAAUUUUGCUUUUUCAAUCCAAAGAUUGCUCUUUUGAAAUCGAAGGGUGUUUCUCAAUUAAAUCAAUUAAUGGAUUUUAUUUACUAAUGUAAUUUAUAAUUUAUUUUGUAGUGUAAGGUAAAUAAUUGAACACUGUGCCCAGUAUUUUAUUACUUUUAGCAAAAUUAGCGUACAAUUUUUGAGUGGGGCACCUAACAUUGAGAAUUUGGCCCAUUUCAAUUGA